AUGGCGUUCAGCAGACUCAACGGCCAGAUGGAAGCCAAGGCAGCCGCGGUUUUGUUCAUUGUGCUCCUUGGAUGUUCCAUGCUCAUGUUGGUCUCCUCAACUGAUGGUGAGAUCGGCAGAUCAGGUUGUCCUCGUCUUUCGGAUGGCGAUGCCAUAGGCAAAGACGACACCCCGUUCCCAAAAGUGUGCAUAGGGAGGAGGCACGGCCCUGAGAACGUAGAAUUCUGUUGUGCAACAUUGCCAGGACUACCUUGCUGGCGAACGCAGGAAGAGUGCCUCCACGUUUGCCCAUAG